AUGGAACAAAUGCAUUCUUUGGAGUCAAGUUUACCCCCAGAACAACCUCCCACCAAACAGGCCAUCGAGAGUCUCAAUUUAGAACUUUCUCAAGAAUUCAAGCUAGCCGCCAAUGCGGUAACAAGGCUUUACCGAGUAGCUAAUGAGAAAAACUCGCUGACCAAACAUCAAGGCUAUCUCACAUGUUUAGAUGAUGUCUUGUGUGCAUUGGACUCAAAUGUGACCACUGAUGAGUUAAGGGCAUGGUGUUACAAACGAAGAAGCGACAUCUUAUCAAAUUCUCAGGAUAAAUUUUCUAAUACAGUGAAAGAAAAAGAAAGAAAAGUCAAUAAAUUUAGUGACAACCAGCAGCGUGAACCUGAGACCCAUAAAGAACUUUGUAAAAAAGAUUUCGGAGUCAAGUAUAAUUUCAGUUUUAAUGAAUCGAACAGGGACCUCUCAAAUAUCAACGGAAAUGUGGCACCGAAAUUUAGACUCUCUAUGCCGCCUUUAAGUGUCGAACAUCCUGCUAGGAACUCAAAUCGUAUAAAAUCUUGGAAAGCACGAACAAUCAACCAUGGACGAGGAGAGUUUAAAAACCUAAAUGACAUGAUGACGCUUGAAAAUGAACGUGAACGUGAACAUGAAGAUGUACGCCAUGAGAAGAAGCAGAGAUUAGAUUCUGAUUCCGACGUAGACGUAACGAAUAUUAAUCAGGACAUGGAAUUGUAA